CGUUUCUUAUCAACACACAAGACAAAAAUGGUUAAUCUAUUACAUGGUCUAUUUCUUUUCUCUCUCUCAAUGCAUUGUUUCGUUGCUUGCUUAGCUUCAGAAACAAGUAACCAUGAGUUAUCCAAUCAAACUUUUCUAUCAGAAGAAUUUCACUUGUUGAAGAAAAUGAUAACGAGUCGUCUUCAACAGAUCAACAAGCCUGCUGUUAAGACAAUUCAAAGUCCAGAUGGCGAUAUUAUAGACUGUGUUCUGUCUCACAAACAACCAGCUUUUGAUCAUCUUCUGUUGAAAGGACAAAAACUAUUGGAUCCUCAAGAAAGACCAAGAGGUUAUAACGCAACAGAUAUUCUGAGUGAUAACUUUCAAUUGUGGAGUUUAUCAGGUGAAUCAUGUUCAGAAGGAACAAUUCCAAUUAGAAGAACAAAAAAAGAGGAUAUAUUAAGAGCUAACUCUGUUAACACGUUUGGAAGAAAAUUAAUGCAAGUUGGAGUGGAAACCACUAAAUAUAAACAUGUGCAUUCAUAUGGGUCUGUGACUGGAGAUCGAUACUAUGGAGCAAAGGCUACAAUAAAUUUGUGGUCCCCACAUGUGGAAGGUGAAAAAGAAUUCAGCUUGUCUCAAAUAUGGCUCGUCACUGGUAGAAAUGCCAACACCAUUGAAGCUGGUUGGCAGGUGAGCCACCAAAUCUACGGGGACUAUCUCCCUAGAUUCUUUGUUUAUUGGACGGCUGAUGAUUAUAAACAAACUGGAUGCUACAAUUUACGUUGUCCAGGCUUUGUUCAAACUAGCAAAACAUUUGUACUUGGAGGUGCACUCUCUCCAGUUUCUACGUAUAAUGGACGGCAACGUGCUAUUACUUUAUUAAUCUAUAAGGAUAAAAAAUAUGGGAAUUGGUGGCUUGAAUUUGGAUCUGGAAACAUAAUUGGAUAUUGGCCAUCCUCUUUGUUCACAAGUUUAAAGGAUAGUGCAACUAAAGUUGAAUUUGGUGGAGAAGUGUAUAUAAGGUCAACUGGGACACACUCAUCAACCCAAAUGGGUAGUGGACAUUUUGCAGAUGAGCGUUCUUCAAAAGCUUCAUAUUUUAAGAAUAUGCAAGUUGUGAAUUCUGAUAACAAGUUGAUUCCAUUGUCAAAUCUCAAUGUGUAUGCAACAGAAUCAAAUUGUUAUAAUAUAAUAAAAGGGAUUAAUAAAGAGGGGAAUUACUUUUACUAUGGUGGACCUGGAAGGAAUAGGAAAUGUCCCUAAUGGAAUGAUAAAGGUGAAUAUUUCUUUCGUAUUUCUCGAUCUUAUUAAUCGGUGUUCCCGAAACAAUGGUUAAGGAAAUUAUAAAUAGCAACUUUGUCUUAAAAAUAUAAGUUGUUAUUGGUGAUCAAAUAAUAAUUACACAACUUUUAAUAAAAUUUACU